AGUGUGUGUUUAUAGAGGGCGCAACUGACUUCCGGUCUCAAACAAGCAACGUCGGCAUUUUGGAGGGCAGCCAUUACAAGCUUUGUACAACAGCAUCAUUUGUGAUCAGCUCGUCUUCGCAACAGUAACAAAUAAUAAAACCCAUUCGAAAUCAUGGCUGAUAACGAUGACCUUUUGGAUUACGAAGAUGAGGAACAGACCGAGGCGGUAGUCGAUGGGAGUGGAGACGCGCCGGCUAAAAAAGAAGUAAAGGGAACAUACGUUUCAAUCCACAGCAGCGGUUUCAGAGAUUUUCUGCUGAAACCAGAAAUUCUCCGGGCCAUUGUUGACUGCGGUUUCGAGCAUCCAUCAGAAGUUCAACACGAAUGCAUUCCACAAGCUGUACUUGGUAUGGAUAUUCUGUGCCAAGCAAAAUCCGGUAUGGGAAAAACAGCUGUGUUUGUGUUGGCAACUCUACAACAGCUUGAGCUAACAGAAAAUCAAGUGUACGUGUUGGUAAUGUGCCAUACACGUGAAUUAGCAUUCCAAAUCAGUAAAGAGUAUGAGCGAUUCAGCAAAUACAUGCCUCAAGUCAAGGUUGGUGUCUUUUUUGGUGGACUUCCAAUUCAAAAAGAUGAAGAAGUUUUAAAAAAUACCUGCCCACAUAUUGUGGUAGGAACACCAGGACGUAUUCUUGCACUUGUGCGCACUAAAAAACUUAAUCUCAAACACUUGAAACAUUUUAUUCUCGACGAAUGUGAUAAGAUGCUCGAAUUAUUGGAUAUGAGACGAGAUGUACAAGAAAUCUUCCGUAGCACUCCUCACGGCAAGCAAGUUAUGAUGUUCAGCGCAACACUGUCUAAGGACAUUAGACCAGUCUGCAAAAAAUUCAUGCAAGAUCCUAUGGAAGUUUACGUUGACGACGAAGCCAAACUUACGCUUCACGGUCUCCAGCAGCACUACGUCAAGCUCAAGGAAAACGAAAAAAAUAAAAAAUUGUUUGAACUUCUUGAUGUAUUAGAGUUUAAUCAAGUUGUUAUUUUCGUUAAAUCUGUACAAAGGUGUAUGGCACUGGCCCAAUUAUUAACUGAACAAAAUUUCCCAGCAAUCGGCAUUCACAGAGGAAUGACCCAGGAAGAACGUUUGUCGAGGUAUCAACAGUUCAAGGAUUUCCAAAAGCGUAUUUUGGUGGCAACUAAUUUGUUCGGACGUGGUAUGGAUAUCGAACGAGUAAAUAUCGUAUUCAAUUACGACAUGCCCGAAGAUUCAGACACGUACUUGCAUCGUGUAGCACGAGCUGGUCGUUUUGGUACCAAAGGUCUCGCGAUAACAUUAGUCAGUGAUGAGAGCGACGCUAAAAUAUUAAAUGAUGUCCAGGAGAGGUUUGACGUAAACAUCACGGAAUUACCAGAUGAAAUCGAUUUAGCGUCUUACAUUGAAGGCCGAUAGACAAUUUGAUGCAACUGUCAAAUUGACAUCAUGCGCACCAGUAGCCAGGAUGGCACAAAGUCGAUUGAUUUGACGCACACGAAUUUACGUACGUAAAUUUAUCGACAACUCAAGGGAGCAGAAAUCAUCCCUUAUCUUUUAAGUCUUUUUUUAUAAUGUGAAUAGUGGAGAAAACUAAGAUCAUCGUAACCAUUAAUAGCACGAAAAAUAAAUUAUUAUCAUUAGUAAAUAAUUGUAUUCUUAAUUAAGGAUUAUUUUGAGACCGUUUAUGAUCUCUAUUAUUAUUAUUGUAACAACAUUUGUGAAUGAUAGAUAAAAUCGAUCAAUUAACAAAAAUAUUAUUGAUAAAUCACUAAAAAAUGUUCGUAUAGUUUUAGUGUGUAUUGAGAUAUUUGUCGUAUGAUUUAAUUUAUAAGUACAAAAAAUGGAAAAAAGAUGAAUAACUUUUUUUUAAACGUGACUACCAAUAAAGAUUAAUUAUAUUAAACCAAUUAAUUUCUCUUCAUUUCAUAAUACACAGUAUUUUUAUUUAUUUAAUUAAAUAAUACAGUAAUAAGUAAUAGUAAUUAAGAUUUAUUUAUUUCUAUUUUUAUUAAGAGGCUUGUUGCCCUGAUUGCCGCCGCCACGACCCAAAGGUGCCGGUCCCCUGUUGCCGCGGUUACCAAAAGUGCCGCCACCGCGACCUCCUCCCCGGCCUCCGCGUUGACUUUGGCCACCUCUGCCUUUCAUUUCACCUCUUCCUCGUGAUUUCAUUUGAACGUCUUCUUUCACCAUGUCUAUUACUUCGUCCGGAAUACGUAAAUAUUUUAUGGUACUACCUCUGAUGUAGCAUUCUGGCAUCUUCCAGAAUUUGUCACCAUCCUAGAACACACCAUGUACAUUUAUUUAAUGAUAUCAGCAUCGAAACUUCUCAAAGUUUCAGUGUCUCGAGAUCUAUCGUGAAUCCACAGCCGGUCAAAACAAGUGAAUUUCAGUCCGAUGCCGCUAAUUAAAAUUUACGUGAAUGAAAGUUCUGGGGCAUUUUCAGAAACACACUCUGGAAGAGAAAUAUUCAACUCCUGCGUUCAGAAAUAUCCUCUGGUCGAACCAGAGAUGCGAUUUAACAUUACAAAGGUAUUAAUUACACCUGGAUGGGUAAUUUUUUAUCUCCAGAGUGUAUUUCUGAACACGCCCCAGGGGCCGACUUUGUAUGAAACUUUCAAUGAAGUUCCAAUGCAGGUAAUCAUGAAAAAUAUUGUAACUCAGGAUAGAUCACGAUUUCAGACUGCGGGUGAUGUCUACCGACUUCACUCUAGUUUGAAAUCGGUUUGUUUCAUGAGUGGUGUCAUAGUAUACUAUUUAAAUUAAUAAGGAAAAUAAAUUCUUACCCUAGAUGUGCAAAUCACUUCUCUGAGAUUAAUAUUCAUCCAAUUAUCGCAACUAACUAAAUGCCCAUUGUAUGUUUCUCCAUUUUUUAAUUCUACCAGCUAAAUAAUUAAAUUUUAUAAAAUCAGUACCAAAAAUAAUUCAAAAUUUUUAAUUAUUAAUUAAAUAAUUACCAUUGGGUGAUUUUGCGCUGUCCUGAGUAAUGAAAGCGGCAACUAAAAUUAAUUAAAAUAUUUGUAUUUAAAUUAAUUUUUCAAACAAAAAUAUUUUUAAAAAAUAAAUUACUCACCAUGUUUUUUUUUAAAUUCAAAACUUGGUUUGAAAAUUGCUUCCAAUUUAAUUCGAAUGUUUAAAUCAAUUGUCAGCUUUUAUUUACAAUAAACAAUUUCAUUAAUUUUUGUUUAAAAAUUACUGUGCUUGUAAUCGUAAACUCUACGAUGCAACUAAAACAUAACCUAGUCCUGGUACUUCCUGGUGCUUGACAAUACAAAAACCUAAAGGUUCAUUUUCAUUAAAAAAAUUUAUAGUCAAAUCCGCAAAAGAAUCAUCUUUUCUUCCACUACUUGGUUACGAUGAAGUGCAAGAGUUUGCACUGCCGCGCAUGCGCAGUAACUACUUAACUAUUCAAAAAUAGUGGGAGAAAAAAUAAUUCUUUUGCGGGCUGAACUGUACAGAAUUUUUUACAAUAAAAAUAACUUGAAAUCUCCACAUGUUAUAAAAAAUACUUUUUAUAAAUAAAUAAUUCCAACAAAUAUGUUAAUGAGACGGGGACUCAAUUAUUUGCAUCGAUGUACAGGAUCCAUUUUAAAUGAUUCCCUGUUGGGAGUAAAAAACUCACAG